GAUCAUUUGGAAAUACUAGUGGAGGCACAGGUUUGUUUGGUCAAAAUAAACCUGCUACAUCAUCUGUUUUUGGUGGGUCUGGAACUGGUUUUGGUUCUAGUCUAGGAACAGGUUUUGGUGGAUCAUCAUUUUCAAUGGGCUUAGGCUCAAAUACAGGAACUGGCUUAUUUGGGAACACCAAUGCUAAUAAAACUUCAGGUUUCAGCUUUGGAAAUACAGGUUCAACUGGAUUCAAUUUUGGAUCCAAUCCAAGUUCAUCAAAUUUUAAUUUUGGUGGUGCGUCAUCUUUACCAUCUGGAAGUGAUCUUAAUAAUCCAGCUGUCUUACAACAAGCCCAGCAACAAAUUUUGGCAAUGACAAUUGCCCCUUUUGGAGAUUCUCCUCUAUUUCGGAAUCCAAUAAAGGAUUCAGCUCGGGAAGCAGAGGUUUUAAAGCCAACUAAUCCAUCAGCUCAGAAAGCGUUGCUUAAUGAUAAUCAUUAUAAAGUUGCAUUAUUACCUACUGCCAAAAUGAAGCCUAAACCAUGGUCUCCUGUUCAUAGUGGCAAGGCACUUCUCUUUGAUGGAUUAGAAGAUGAAGAACCUAGUCUGAGUAACAUUGCAUUUAUGCCUAAAAGAAGUGUUAAGAAACUGGUUCUGAAAAAUAUUGGCAGUAAUCAGUCAACUGUCACUUUAACAUCGAACUUUUCACCUAAUCAGUCUACACGUAUUAAUGUAUCUAUAUCCUUGAACAGACCAGAAAACAGCUUGUCUGACAGAAGUGACAAUUCAUCCCAGCAACCAGUGCCUUUAACUGUAGAUGUAACAGACAAUAGUGAUGCUAACAGCUUCAAUAGAGAUAUAUCAGGUGGUAAUAUAGUUCCUGUUUCUUCAGAGAAAUCACCUUCUAUUUUGGAUGAUUCUAUUCACCUUUCUGAAAAGAAUGAUAGUAUGAAAGACAAUGCAAAUGACACUAUUGCUGAACUGCAUUCAAAUAAAGAACGACUUACUAAGCGCAUAAUGAAUACUUUUGAGGAAACAUAUAUUGGACAUACAGAUAGCUGUAAUGAAGAAACACCCUCGAAAAGUAAACAAAGUAAUGAAAGCUAUAAAGAAAGAGUUCAUGAAACAGGAAUAAUUUUAACUAGACCUGGCUAUUACACUAUACCUCCUUUACCUGACCUUAUUCCUCUCAUUGAUGAAAAUGGAAAUUGUUUUGUGAAAGACUUUACCAUUGGACGAGAAGGUUUUGGAAGAGUCACUUUUCCUGGUGUUAUUAAUGUUGCAGGUCUCAACCUUGAUGAAAUUGUUCAUUUCCGCAAAAAAGAGAUUACUGUUUACCCUGACGAAAGCAUAAAACCUCCAGUUGGUGAUGGCCUCAACCGAAAAGCUGAAGUCAUUCUUGAAGAUGUAUGGCCAACUAAUAAAACUAGUCAUACUCCCAUAAAGGACCCAGAAGUCCUGAAUAAGUUGGGUUAUAGGGAGAGAAUUGUAAAAUGUACUUCUCGCCUUGGUGCAAAAUUCAUUGAUUAUAAACCAGAAACUGGAUCUUGGAUCUUUGAGGUUGAUCAUUUUUCAAAAUAUGGAUUAGAAGAUUCUGAUGAAGAAAUGGAUAUUCCAAAGCCACCUGAAAAUAAAUCAAAAGGCAUUUUACCACCUCCCCAAAUGGCAGUUGUAAAUGGACAAAUCCCUUCUGAUAAUUCUAUUUCAAAUUUGCCUUUGAAGCCAAUAGUGUAUCAUGUUGAAGAUGAAGCUAUGGAAGGAAUAACAUCUUUGUCAACCCAAAAAGAUUAUGAAUUUGACCAAACUGAAGACUUCUUCACUGAAGUUUAUUCUCCAACUAAGCCUAUACUGAAUAGUGGUAUUGAUCCAGAAAGAAUUCAGGGUAUGAAGGCAUCAUUUUUCCAAGAUGAUAUGAAUGAUGAUAUGUGGGGACCAACUACAUAUAAAACUGGAAGAGAUGUUAUGUCUGGGAGCAAAACAGAUGAUGCUAAUAAGGAAAAUGAAGUGAUAAGUUUUUUAAAUAAAAUUCAGACUAAAAGUAGCGAAGUUUUCAAGAAGCAGCGCCAUUAUGAAUAUCCAGAUAAUCAGUUUUCUGUGUCAGUGAAAUCGCCAUUUAAGUAUGGUGAAGUAGGCAUUCAAAAGUCUAUGUCGUCAUUAUCAUUAUCAACUUUAAAGCAAGCUGAGUGGUUAUCUUCUCUCCCUCUUGUUAAAACCUCUUCUGAACUACCAUAUCCUAAGAAAACUGUCCCAAUAUUCCCUAACAAAAUAGCUUUGAGGCCUUUCAAGCAAUCUGUUCUGUAUAACAAGCAACAUCUUCUAGCUGAUGCUGGGUAUUUUAUGGGCCGAAGCUUUCGCUGUGGUUGGAGAGCUGAUGGAAUUUAUGUUCACCUGGAACCACCUAAAGAAGAUACUUUAUUAGACAUUUGGAACAAAUUAGUGCAUGGAAGCAAUAUUCCUCAUUCUGAUACCCAUGGCAAAUCUUUCAUGCUCUCUAUGACAAAAUUGCCAACAACUGCAGAUGCAAAACCUGAAGAAAAGAGCAUCCAGGAAACCCUUACUGGUACUCUUAAGCUUCAGUUACAGAAUUCAAAAUCUACCACUGAAGAUGGGGCUCCGUUUUUUGUUCCUAAGCCAGGUGUUGAACCAGUACAUGCCCUAGCAGAAUUUUUUGAAAAUCACUUGAAAGCUGCAGAUCCACUUAAUCCUGAUGCAGGUUUUCUUAGACAAUCUGCGUAUGUGUGGAAUUUGUUAGUCUGUCUGUGGGGCACGAUUGGAGAUAUAAGUGAGGAACAAGAUGCUCCAACUACUUUUCCAGAAGAUACUCCAAAUUAUUUGUCUGAAGGUACUUCAAAUUAUUUAUCUCAAAUGGCCAGACGAGAAGCUUUGUCUCAUUGGUUAAUAAAGACUACAGGAAGUAUUAUAACGAGUGAAGUUGCUAAUUGUUCUCAGAGAAAUGGCUAUUUGGCAAAAAUUUUCCUCUAUAUGAGUGGACGUCGUAUCUCAGAUGCUGUCAAAUUAGCUCAGGAGAAUCAUGACUAUCGAUUAUCACUGUUGUUGUCUCAAGCUGAGGGAAACUUACUUGUCCGCAAGCUCAUCAGCAACCAGCUCUUAAAUUGGGAGCAAAAUGGAGCAUAUAUGUUUAUCAAGUAUAACAGAAUUGCCCUGUAUGCACUUCUAUCUGGAAUGCUGAUUUGGGAAAAUGUGUUUGAAACAGUAAAUUGUUGCAAAAAUCUUGAUUGGAAACAAGCUUUAGCCCUUCAUUUAUGGUACCACUGCAGUCCAAAUUCAAGCAUUCAAGAUGCAUUAAAGAAAUAUGAUGAAUCUUUUCAGGGUACAGGCUGUCAUGGCAAAUAUUCUAUACCUCCUUAUCCACCAUAUAUAGACAUCAAAGAUUUAACAAAAGAUGUAAUGGAUGAUUCGGAAAUGGUAUAUGAUACAUGUUAUCACUUAUUGAAGUUGUAUUGUGAUCGAAGUCAUCGUUUGGACCAGUUACUUAUGCCAGAAACAUACUCUGAAGAUCACUUAGAUUACAGAUUGAGUUGGUUAUUGCAGCUAUCCUUGUCAUCAAUUGGCUAUAAUAUAUCAUCUGAUUUAAUGUUCACAUUGCAUAUGAAUUUUGCAUCACAGUUGGAAUCUAUUAGCAUGUGGCCGUGGGCAGUAUUUGUUCUUUUACAUCAUCCUGACAAAGAAUGGAGAAUUAAAUAUGUCAAAGAAAUCCUGUUACGACACGUGUCACUAGACCAAAGUACAGAAACCGAAGAAAGAGAGAAAUUUCUUGUUGAGCAGUUAUUAGUGCCUGUAAAAUGGAUCUUUGAAGCCAAAGCUGUUUUAGCUCGCAGUCUGGGUAAACAUGCUGAAGAGGCUUGGUAUUUGCUGAAAGCAGAAUCUUGGAAUGAAAGUCACAGUAUUGUUAUAAAAUACCUUGCUUCAGAUGCUGUCAUAAAUGAAGAUUAUGAUUAUCUCAUGAAAUAUUUAAGUGAAUUAGCAAUACCUGAGAGAAGUUGUUUUAUAUUAGACUGGGCUAGUGGUGGUCAAGUAUAUCUUGAUUACAUAAAUAUGUGUCAAGUUGUUCAAGGAGUGUUAUCACGAGAAACAAGUGCAUAUGAUUUGGAGAAAUUCACUCCUGAAGUUGUAUCAUUGUGCAACAGAUUAUCCAGCAUUCCAACUUCUUCUUUGAAAGACAGACUUAGUGUUGCUGAGAUGGCAAAGAAAACAGGAACAAUUCUGCGAUCCAUUGCCAUGUUACAAGUAGGCCGUACUAAAGACAGUAGUUCAUUGACUAGAUUAGGCAGUAUCUUGAAAAAUCUACCGAUGCCUCACGAUUAUGCAAGUUCAGAGAACAGAUUUAUAGAACAUUGCUUUCUUGAAGAAAUACCGACUGAAAUCUAAACUUUUUUAAGGAAAUCAGACAGUUUUCUCAUGUGCAAGUGUAAAAACAUUUUGCACCUUACAGAAUAAACCAUUUUUACAAGGAAAAGAAGCUUUGUUGUAAUUCAAUUUUUUAAAUUUUAAGUCCUUUUGUUUCAUAUUCUUAGGGUUAAACCGCCAAGAAAAGUAUGUGAAAAUGAACUGUAAAUACUGUAAUUAUAUGAUCUUAUAUUUGGAAUAUGUUUUGAAAUGCACUAGUAAAUUUUAUUCUCUCUCCUGUAUGAUGUUUGUACUUAUUUUGUUAACUUAAAAAUAUCAUUAUUCAUAAUAAAUAAACAUAUUUAAUUUUAAAAAA